AAAAAAGCGACGACAGAAUAAAAAAUCGCAUCGCGGCCAACGAAAGCAAGCGCCCACCAAAGCCUGCCCGCCACCAGCGAUACCGCUCGGCCACUCAAUUGGAGUGUCCAGCCAACUCCAUCGACGUCCCACUCCAAGGCUCUGGAGUCCAGCACAUCUCUUUAUCUGUUGUCGCCAGCCGUCGUCCCUCUCGGUAGCAGCAGCAGCAGCAGCAGCCCGCGUGAAACUUCGGCAUCCGUCUCCCGAGCCUGCAGCGCGACCCUCCCUUCUGGGCCAAACCAACCCCCCCUGAGUCUCGUCGGAUGCAGACCCAGGGAGCCACGAGCCCUCCGCGCGACGCCUCGGCUCCCGUCGUCACACUGGCGCUCCAGGACCCAAAGGGCGUUUUUGGCGCAGCAUCUAGUGCUGUGGCCACCAUGGCCCAGCCAAAUGCCGAGCCCGAGGAAGACUACGACUAUGAGGCCCUCCCGCCCAACUUCUCCCUGAUGCAGAACAUGGUCGCCGGCGCCUUUGCGGGGAUAGCUGAGCACACGGCCAUGUACCCGAUCGAUGCGCUCAAGACAAGAAUGCAGAUCGUCGGCGCCCCUGGCUCGGCCGCCGCCUACAAGGGGAUGCUGCAAGGGACCUACAGGAUCGCCAGCACCGAGGGCAUCCUAAGCUUGUGGCGCGGCAUGUCUAGCGUUGUCGUGGGAGCAGGCCCGGCACACGCCGUCUACUUUGCCACCUACGAGGCCGUGAAACACCUGAUGGGCGGCAACAAGGCGGGCGAACACCAUCCUCUUGCUGCUUUGACGAGCGGCGCCUGCGCAACGAUAGCGAGCGAUGCCCUGAUGAACCCCUUUGAUGUCAUCAAGCAGCGCAUGCAGAUCAAGGGGUCGGGCGAGAUGUACCGGUCCAUGACGGACUGCGCAAAGUUCCUAUACCGCAACGAGGGGCUCGCGGCCUUUUACGUGUCGUACCCGACCACACUCUCCAUGACGGUGCCCUUCACGGCGCUGCAGUUCCUGGCCUACGAGUCCAUCUCGACCUCGAUGAACCCGAGCAAAAAGUACGACCCCUUCACGCACUGCAUGGCCGGCGGCGUCGCGGGCGGCUUCGCGGCCGCCCUCACCACGCCCAUGGACGUCAUCAAGACGAUGCUGCAGACGCGCGGCACCCACUCGGACGCCGAGCUGCGCAGCGUCAACGGCUUCGCGUCGGGCUGCCGCCUGCUCUACGCCCGCGAGGGCGUCGCCGGCUUCUUCAAGGGCAUGCGCCCCCGCGUCGUCACCACCAUGCCCAGCACCGCCAUCUGCUGGUCCGCAUACGAGGCCUCAAAGGCCUACUUUGUCCGCCGCAACACGUCCUCGUCCGACUGAGUGCGUGGGGGAGUUCGUAUAAAAAAAAAAAGGGAUUUCCAACGCCAUGUAGAGAAGGGAAUGCUGCUAACUGUACAUAUAUACCCGUUUUUUUCUUCUUCUCGCUUUCCUUCCUUUUUUUUUCGUGCCGAUUUCAUCUUCAUGCAUCUUUCUUGUCUCGUUUAGGGGCUCGGAGUUGAGUGUGGCCAAGGUUCUCUGCCUUUUGGAGGCGACACAAUCGAAACGGCGUUUGAACUCGACCCGCUGUAGGGACCGUCUUUUUCUCUCUCCAUCAUGCAUGUGUUCCAAUAACAUCCAUAUCAUCCCA